AUGAGUGGAACUAUUGAACAACCUUCGUCCUCUGAAGGAGUUCGUGUGUUCCUUCCUCCUAAUUCUGAAAAGAGCCUGACUGCUACUACCACUAAUUUGACUACAGCAGGAGUGUCACGGCUGCCGCCCUUGUCGUCGUUGCAAAAUCAAAUGAAUGAGACUUCUACCAUAUAUAGUAAUUUCGAAAAUCGAGACGAUCAAAGUUUUAGUCUUUCUCAGAAUAAUUAUAAUUAUAAUAAAUCAGAUAUGACGCAUUUUACACAACAGCAAGAAUUAGAAAAUAAAAAUACAAGUGUUGUUCAAGCAGGAAUAGAUAAACAAGAAGCAGCAGCUGUUACUCAACAUCAACAACGAGAACUUAAUGAUAAUAACAUGGCAUAUUUCUCUUCCCAACAGGGACAAAAUCCUUCUAUAUCGCAAGAAAAUAAUAAUCAUCAAGCAUUUGUUGAUAAUGAUCCAAAUCAGUUUCAAAUAGAACAUCAUAAUACCACCAACAUCACAUUCUCUUCCGCUACUUCCAACUCUACCUUCUCUUCAUCCUCCUAUGUGAAAAGAGACGAUGCUGAAAAUACUCCACCCAGUAGUAUUUGUAUUACACAUCCACCCGAUGCUGCUAACCCACAUGUUGAUGAGAUAGAAAAUAAAAUUGAACCCAAUGCCACUACUGAGAACAAACAUUUGAACGCUGAUACUGCUCCUGCUAUUUCUUCUACAGCCCUAAAUUCAAUUCAAGAGUCAUCAUCAAUAGAGACCCCAAAAAUAUCCGAAGCAACUAAUAUAGGCACAUCGUCAUCAUCGUCUCAUAUAACAGUUUCUGUAUCGCCAAAUCCCAAACCAGAAGUUAAUAAUUAUAAUCAUAAUAGUAUACCCAAUGUUUCAGGAAUAGUAGCAGAUACCAAUACCUCUCCUGCAGAACAAGUAUCUGAAUUAGCGCACCCAUCAGAUCAUUUUGAAAACAAAGACCCUGCUGCUAUUUACUCACAUACUCAUAAUAAAUCAUCUAUCGUCGAUGAAGAUGAAAAUAACAAUAAUAAUUUUGAGUCUCGUAGAUGGCGAAAUAGUCGUCACUCGAGCUCCCAUGCUGACAGUGAAAAAACUGAAAAUAACAGUAAACCUAGUGGUGGUGGUUUUACUAUACGCCGAAUAUCAGAUGCUGAAUUUCAAGCUUUACCUGUAGGAUCUCGUUUAUUCCUUGGAAAUUUGUCAACACAUUCCACCUCAAAACAAGAACUUUUUGAUAUAUUUUCCCCGUAUGGAGAAAUUUUACAAAUAUCAAUUAAAAAUAGUUUUGGGUUCGUACAAUAUGAUAAUCCGGAAAGAUUAGAAGUGUCACAUGGAAAACCUUGGCAUCAUGCUUCACAAGAUGACGGAGGAUUCAAAGGAAGUCGACAGAAUAGUCGAGGAAGCUACAAAGAUGAUUGGCAUCAACAUGAACGAGGUGGGUUUUCACCAACCCGUGGGCAUCACGGGCAGCAGCAAGUUUUUCCACCGGAUCGUCGCUACGAUGAAUUUGAGCGUAAUCGACAGCAAGAACAUAAAAUUGACCGUCGUGCAUCUUAUGAUUCUCGGAGUAGUAACUACGAAGAUCAUCGAGAAUAUCGUGGUAAUGGUGAAGAAUUCGAAUUUCGUGGUGGCAAUCGCAACGACAGAGGAGGAUACCGCCGCAAUUCGUAUCGUGAUGAGCAUCGCGAAGAGCGAUAUGUUAAUCGCGCGAAACCUUAUAGAAUUCCAUCUCGGGAAUUCAACGAGAGAAGACCAAGUCGUGAAUUUUCUUAUCGCUCAGAGUCUCAAGAACAGCAGCAACAGCAACACGACGAAGAGUUUCCUUUGCCAAGACGUCAUGGAAAUGAAGUACCGGAAUGUCAAAUUAUUGUUUUGGAUGAGAUCGACAGAAAUAUGUUAUGGGAAGUUGAGCGUGCUUUUACCGAAGCGUCGAUUUCCGUACAUAGCAUACAUGUAUCCAGGAAAAAACUCCAUCUUAACGCUGUUGUACGACAAAUGAUUGUUGAAGGUGUUCAUGCUAUGGUUUUCCUUGAGAGGAUGCUCUUACUUAACGGGAGAGUUAACGUGCAAGUAUUUGAUCAGUCAUUAAGGACACGAGAUGCCAAUGUAAAAUAUGAUGAAUACGAAAACAUUAGAAUAGACGAAGUAGUUGGUUUAAUUUUAAGAGCGCGUGCUUCUCAACCCCCUAUUGACAUGAGAGGUGGACAAGGAAUACCUUCUAUGCCAAUCAGUAAUCUCGGAGGCGUUAUUCCUCAGCAAGCACAACAGCCAUCAUCAGCCGUUGCUGGAAUAUUACCCCCACAACAUCAACAACAUCAGCAACCACCAAAUAUUGAUGUUCAGCAAUUAUUGAGACAACUUGCGCCCCCACAAAAUGCUCCUCCGAUGAAUAAUCAUCAUCAAAAUCCAUAUAUGUCAAUGCCUCCUCCCCCUCAUUCUCAUCCACACAUGAAUCCAAAUAUUGUAUCAUCUUCAAGUCCAAUCUCUUACAAUGGACCAAUGAUGGGUCAACCUCCAUUAAAUAGUCCUCCUCCACCAAUUGCAAUACCUCCGCAUAACGCUUUAGCACAACAGCCUCAAUCCUCUCAAUAUGGAUCUCCAAUCGGUGGCCCAACACAAAAUAUACCUGACAUUAUGUCACAAUUUAAACAGUAUAAUAAUCAACGUUAA